AGUUCCAAACCAAACCAACGAAUCCUUCCUUCUGCUACCCACCUGCGUGAUCGACAGUCAACAAUCCACCCAGCUCCCAGCGCUCGAUCGAUCAGCAGCGCAGCAGCUAGCUAGCCAUGGUUGCCGCCGCCAUGCAGGCCCUCUUUGACCAGACCGACCUGUCCCUCUCCCUCUCCCUGGUCCCCGCCGCCGCGCCGGCGCUCAACAAGGACGACUACCUCGCCAUCUGCCUCGCCGCGCUCGCCAAAAGCGGGCAGCAGGUGCAGGGGAUGGAGGGGCAAGCGAGAGUGUGGCGCCCGGCCCCCGCGCCGGCGCAGGAGCUGCGCUUCAGCUGCGCGGUCUGCGGGAAGGCCUUCGCGUCGUACCAGGCGCUCGGCGGGCACAAGUCGAGCCACCGCAAGCCGCCGCCCACCGGAGAGCGGUGCGUCGUGGUGGCGCAGGCGUCCGCGGGCGCUGGGUCGGAGGCGAGCGCGGCGGCGUCCUCGGGCGGGAGCAGCGGCGGCCCGCACCAGUGCACCGUCUGCGGGCGGGGCUUCGCGACCGGGCAGGCGCUCGGCGGGCACAAGCGCUGCCACUACUGGGACGGCACCUCCGUGUCCAUGUCCGUCUCCGUCUCCGUGUCGGCGUCGUCCUCCGUGCUGAGGAACUUCGACCUGAACCUGCUGCCCAUGCCGGAGAACGUUAAUGCCGGGUUGAAGAGGUGGGCCGAGGAGGAGGAGGUGCAGAGCCCUCUCCCCGCCAAGAAGCUCAGGCUUUUGCUGUAAAUAAAAAAAGGAGAGAUGGCCAGUGCUCAACCGUCCCUUGAUUGAUUUGUUCAUUUGUUGAAUUCGAUUAGGUAUCACGCACCAUGAUUUGUUGAUUUGUUGUGUUUAUAAGGACACAAAGAAAUGAAAACUAUGGGCUUAAUUAACCUCCCCA